GACGGUGUGACGCAAAGGCGGAUUGUCGCCAUGCAGAUCUUUGUGAAAACUCUCACUGGCAAGACCAUCACCCUAGAGGUCGAGCCAAGUGAUACCAUCGAAAAUGUCAAGGCGAAAAUCCAGGACAAAGAGGGUAUCCCGCCCGACCAGCAGCGUCUGAUCUUCGCUGGCAAGCAGCUUGAGGAUGGCCGCACACUGUCGGACUACAACAUCCAGAAAGAGUCGACUCUGCACCUGGUGCUGCGGCUGCGCGGUGGAGCCAAGAAGCGCAAGAAGAAGAACUACACCACCCCCAAGAAGAACAAGCACAAGAAGAAGAAGGUCAAGUUGGCUGUGCUGAAAUUCUACAAGGUCGACGAGAACGGCAAGAUCACUCGCCUGAGGCGAGAGUGCCCCAGCGAGGACUGUGGAGCGGGUGUCUUCAUGGCCGCGCACUUUGACAGGCAGUACUGUGGCAAGUGCUGCCUGACCUACGUCUACAACAAGCCCGACGAGAAGUAGC